AAAAAAAAAUUGGAGAGUGAAGACCGCAGUCCGGGACCAGCCCAUUUGAAUACCCCCCCUCAACUAUCUUCAAAAGGCCUGCUAAUGACGGGAGUGUAGAAAACCGAGUCUUCCUUAUUUGUGAAAACCACUUUCACUAUUUUUUGGGCUGUUCACCUGAGAAGCAAUUUUUAUCAUUCUGACGACGCCAGCGGCCAUGCACGUUUGAACCAACCAAAUCGCCAACAUCGUUGGACGUCCCUGCUCACAUGUUGAUUAGCGCUUACACUUGAUAGCAACUGAUGAAUAUGGACCAACGACUUGUCAUGAUUGGCAAGCUGAAACAUCCCCCGGUAGCAAUCCUGUGUGUUGUGUUCUGAAGUCAGCAUCUGCACGGUGGCCCAGCAACGAUGGCGGGUGCGGUUGCUUACUACUAUUGGUACUAUAUCAAGGACUCGCGACCCCUUGCAUGAUCGCUCCUUGUUCUCAUGUUUUCCUCCCUGGUAAAACUCUUGACCUGACGCCGAUCACUAUAACGAAGUCAACAUGUUCGAGGCUAGCAACGGUGCAUGCAUUGCCCUGUUUGCAUCGCUCCUUGCCUUGAUAGUGAUUUUUGGGAGAAAAAAGCUCUAUCCAAAGCCGUAUCCUCAAAUCCCGUACAAUGCCCAUUCAGCAAAGCGAAUCAUGGGCGAUUUGCCAGAUCUGAUUCCCGCCAUCAAAGCCACCAAAGCAAACUCCGAGUCCAUCUACCGCAUCACCACGCAAAAGCUCGGCAGUCCGAUCGCCCAGCUCCUCCUACCAGGAAAUCCGAUGAUCAUCCUGUCCGAUCCUUACGAGAUCGAACGUAUUCUGCGCAGUAACCAAUUUGACAAGUCGGCCUGGGCCCUUUCUGUGGUUGGCCCGCUCUUCUCCAAAGCUACACUAUCGCAACUCACCACUCCGGAGCUUAAGGCGCAGAAAAAGCUCUGGGGAGAUGUCAUGGGCCUGGACUUUUUGAAGCGAACAGCGGCUCCGAAGUCCUACAGCUCAACAGUCGAGCUGGUCGAACUUUGGCGCCUGAAAGCAACCACCGCCCACAAGGGCCAACCAUUCAACGUUUUAGAAGACUUGAAAAACGCGGCCCUGGACGCCAUAUGGGUGUCCAUUGUCGGUGAGAAGCCUGGGACUCUGAGGUAUGAGAAGAGGAAGCUGGAACACGAACUGAAGGGUCAACAAUUCGACGAUCCCGCGCCGCCAGGAUCCUUCAUGAAGGAACAAGUGGAAUACAUAGUUGAUACCAUCAUGGACGCCAGCGCAACGCCGUUUCCAGCCUGGGCGGUUAAGCUGGAGGUCUUGAAGCCACGUUUCCGCAGGUUCAGGAAGGUUGUGACACGGGAAAUGAGCCGUGCGAUGAAGAAGGCUUUGACGAGAUAUGAAGGCCUGGACCUGGACAGUCUUGGGAAGGAUUCCAUUGAUACAUGUGCCAUGGAUCUCGUUCUCCGCAAACAAGCUCUACAAGCCAAGAAGGCGGGCGUAGAACCUUCAGAUCCGACAAAGGACAUUGCUAUGCUCGACGAGCUGUUUGUUUUGCUCAUUGGUGGCCACGACUCCACCGCCAACACUCUGGCAUGGUUCAUCAAGUUCAUGGAAACCUUUCCACAAGCUCAGACUGAACUGCGCGCUGCUCUAUCAUCUGCUUUCGGCCCAGGUAUACCUACGCUGAGUCAGAUUCUCGAGGCUGACAUUCCUUACCUUGAUGCCGCCUGUGAGGAGGCCCUCCGUCUGUCGGGAACUUCCAACGGCGUUCUUCGCUCCCCUCUGCAGGACACCACCAUCCUGGGAUAUCCCGUUCCAAAGGGCUCGAUCAUCUACAUGAAUAUCCAUGUGAAUCACUCAUCGGUUCUAGCGGAUGAGUCCCAGCGCACCGAAACCGGCAAAGCUGCUCGUCAGAAGAAGGACGACGGCUUCAAGACACCUGCCGGAAGGGAUCUUGGAACCUAUGAGCCCAGAAGAUGGUUGGUCAGGGAUGAGACGGGGAAGGAAAUGUUCAAUCCAAAUGCUCUUCCACAGCUGGCCUUUGGUGCAGGUGUUCGAAUGUGCUUCGGGAGGAGACUAGCCGUGAUGCAAUUCCGCAUUGCUGUUACACUUCUCAUACUCAGCUUCGAGUUUCAAGAAGUACCAGAAGGAAUGCAGUCCAUGGCAUGCAUCGAGAGAUUGUUUCGAACCCCGCAACAGCCUUACGCCAAACUGAGAGUACUCUGAACUGGCUUUUGUUAUUUUGUGUAAGGUACUUUCCGAGGUUGUUUGUUUACAAGAGGCAACAGUUGGUGAUGGAAAAUAGAUGACGCGAAGCUUGGACUGAAGACUGUUCCCCGCUCCUACCCACACCACCGCAUCAACGCCAGCCUAUGGCGCAAUGUGAUAAGCCGCAGAAAAGAAAGAACAACCAACACACACCAAGCCUGAUGGACAAGUAAACACGAUGGUAGCUGUCACGAAUCGUCAUAAUUUGUGUUCAGGUUGUGGAUAUUGAAAAAGUUCUGUAUCUGUAGAUUUGGAGGUGUUAUGGUGUCUCGGGCAAGGUCACUGAGUGGUCAGUUGGACCCGUUUGGCAAUGUUACAGUCAGGAUGAACCAGCCCGGUGCAGCCUGGCUUUCAUACUGUAAAUAUCUUUUCCGUUCUAGCUCUCAUGGCUGCCGUCAGGUCCGGUAUUUCACCGAUCCGGAGUUGAUCCUCAACUUCAAAAAAAUCGGGAUUGAAACAUACACGGGUGGGAUUCGUGCUGCUUAUAGCUAACAAUCAAAAUCCAAAGAGUAAAGAGUUUUUCUUCAAGUAUAUAGCUAGUGCAAAUGCUGGUUGAUAGGGGGGUGAGGGGGUAUGAAGGGUUCAGGGAGUCGAUGGUGGAACGGGGGGUUCUAUACGCCGCGUCAAGUGGUCAGUUGGAUCGGCAGCCUCUCACAUCCGAAGUCGUAUCUGUUGGGUUUUCCUUUGAACCUGCUUCGAGUUUCGGGUCCGGCACACUGGCGUCUGGCUCAUAUCUUAUUGCGGAGUGAUCGCCAGACGUAAACUCAGCUCGAUUCGCAGCCGUAGCUCUGGUUUGAUCAUGGGGCCUUGACCCCUAACGGGGAUGGCUGCGUCAAGCCCGGGCUUGUCUUCGUGGCCACCUGUCUUUGAGUCUCCUGGUUGGUUUUGUGCAUUUGCUGGACUUUCGCUCGCGGUCGCGUCGGCCGAUACUUGGUCUUGGAUUUGCCGGAGCCUUUUGCGCUUUUUGUGCAUAUCCAGAAACCCGCACCGACUGCUAGGAUACCUGGCACUCUAACGACGAUCCCCACUACUCCUCCCACUGGAAUCGAUGCCUGUUUCGUACUGUAAUGAGACGAAAACGUUGAUUGAUUUAGGAAAGAAAUCAACUGCGGAAAAAGCUAAACCAGCCCAGGUUGGCCCGAGCUCCCUGGCGGAGCGACCUGGUGGUGACCCACACAACAUACUGCCAUCAUA